AUGGCUGACCUAUUAUCUAUGAUGAAAAAUCUUGUUCUAAAUGAAGCAUUAAAGUAUGAAGAUAAGGUUAAGCCAAUUCUGGUCUUGUUAGUAGACAGCAGUCCUAAUGAAAACUUUAGACAUCUAAAAUACUGUAAAUUAUUUUUGAAACUAAAUUUAGAUUAUUUUACUAUUCAGACUUAUGCCUUGAGACAGUCUGCCUAUAAUCCAGUAGAGCAUAGUAUGUCAACUCUUUCAGGGAAGUUGGCAGGUAUUGUUUUGCCUAUUGACCAUUUUGGCUCUCAUCUUGAUUCUAGUGAUAAUGUUAUAAAUAACUAUAUUUAUGGAAAAGAAGUAUUAGUUGAAUAUGUUAAUCAAGAAGCUAAUAUUUUUAGUGAAGUUUCAACUAAAGAAGCAUAUGCCUUGUUAGAUGAAAAUAAUGGAUUUUUACUAUCAGCUACUAAAUGUCGAGAUGGUCAUUUUCUUAACCCUAUACAUAUACUCCAAUAUAUGGAGCAAACAAAACUUCCAGGCUAUAAUCAACACU